ACUAUGCAAAGUCAACGAACAAUCAAGGAGGUUUAUUAUAAGAUAUUGUACCAAAUUAAAACUUCUCUUUCUUAAAAGAAUUUACGAGGAAUUUUCCUUUAAGAAAUAAUGGAAACGAAUAUUGCGGAAUUACGUUCAAAGAAAGCAUGAUUUUUGUCUGAAACACUUUGCGAUAAAAACAAUAAAUUUACUUUUAUAAUUGUGCAGAAUGGAAAAAUGAGUUUCUAUUGGCUAAGAAAAGCACUUUAUAUGUCGAGUAUUUUUUCUUUCUUCACCUUUGCAAUAAUCUACAGUCUACAAUUAAACUUCUAAACAUAUUACAUAUUUUUAUUAUUAAAUGCAAACGUGUUAUCUUCAAAUUUAAAAUUAACUAUUGUUACAUCCGGAAGAUUCCAUUUCCGAUUUCCCUUUUCGCAAAUAACAAACAUCCUUCGUUUAUUAUAAAAAAAAAAUGAAACAAAGUGAGGAAAUUGUCUUUGAAAUAUAUAACUCUCAAAUAUUACAUAAAGAGUGAUUGUUAAAUAUAAAUAUAAAGGAGAAAUCGUGUGAAGACUGGAUCGUGAGCAAUAUUUGCUUAUCUUAAUACAAUAAUCUGUAAGAAUGAACAAAAUCAAGACUUAAAGAAAAAAAUACUCAAGUUUUAUUUAAGUUUAGCGAUAACGAGAGAUAAGAUUAAUUUGAGACGUCGGACAAAAACUAUAAAAAUUAAAAUUUAUAACCUUAGCUUUAUCUGUCCAAAUACACCAAAUCUUAGUCUCAGUUCACUUGAUCAACUCCACCCUCUUUUCUAAGCUCUAUAAAAUGUCCAACUUCUUAGCACUUGUUGUUACUUUCUUUCAAGUUCCGACUCGAAGCUGUGCGCGUUAUUUUUAAAUCGCUUUAAAGUUAGAAUCUAUGCGCGAGAAUUUCAACCACGACUUUUAUACGCAAAACCGCCUAGUUUCAAGAUCGUUCUCUAUCAACAACCUCCAAGAAUCAUUUCUCUGCUAUUAUAAUUAUUUUGCAUUUUGGCCAAUAGAAAAAAUAAUUAUCGUCUAACAAAAUAUAUUUUGGAAGUAUUAAAUUGUAAAGUAUUUUCACAUGUUGAAAAUCCAAAGGAGAAACAGUGUAAAAUAUGUACGUACCUUUGGCUGUAAUCUUUGCAAUUUUGCUUAUGAUAUUUGUUAUUGGAUUUAAUAAGAAAGAAUAUUAUAAACUAAAAAGAAAUUUAAAAUUCGCUUUUUCGCUACCUGGUCCAUCUAUUUUCUCAUUGUUUAUCAACUCGUUGCAAAUUGCUUGCAAUUAUAAAGAAUUCAUAAACUGUGUAGAAGCAACUACUAAGAAAUAUGGUAACCUUACUCGUUUCAUCUUAGGAACAGAUUUAUUUGUAGUGCUUACUAAACCUGAAGAUUAUAAAGUCGUGCUUACACAUGUAAAUGGCAACAACAAAAGUACUGUGACCAAGCCGUGGGAAAUAUUUCUUGGCGAUGGAAUUAUCAGAACUUCAGGUGCUCCUCAUAAGCUUCGACGAAAAAUAAUACAGCCUCUAUUAAAUGUCAAACAUUCAUACGAAUGUGUAACAUUUUUCGACAUUUAUAGCAAUUAUUGUGCGGAUAAUUUAGAAAAAUAUGUCGAUGGUCCAAUGUUUGAUCUUAAGUUAUACAUAGCACGAUACUCGUUUAAUAUAUUUUUAGAGACAAUAUUGGGUAUUCAAGGAACAGCACAUGAAGGUGAACACGACGAAUUAUUGUAUUCGCAGGAAAUAUUGUUUAAAGGAGCACAUAACAGAUUAAUAAAACCGUGGCUACAGAUAGAAUGGAUUUUUUCUUUGACUAAAAGUGGAAAACAAAUGCGUGUUGCUCAAAACACUGUGCUUGAUUUCAUUUGUAAUAUAUCACCACAAAAAACAACAACUGUUUUUCACAAUUAUUGGACACGUGUGGAGCAAGUAUGUGGUAGUAUUACGAAUAAAUUUUGCGAAGUGAGCAACGAAAACUUUAUAGACGAUAUGAGAACUUUUUUAUCUGCUAUUCAUAGCACUGUUACAGAAACAACAUCCUUUAUUACACUAAUGCUGGCAAUGCAUACGGAAAUACAAGACAAACUGCGAGAAGAAAUAUCUGUCACAUUGGGUAAUAAUAAGAUUGAUGCCCAAAGUCUACUUUGCAUGCAGUAUUUUUAUAUGGUUUUUCAGGAGACGUUAAGGCUAUUCCCUGUUGCAUCUAGUGUUAGUCGGCAACUUACAGGAGAUAUUAAACUUGAAUCGUGUACUUUGCCAGAUGGAUGUUUCAUUAUGAUACCAACAUUUGCAAUUCAUCGUAAUCCUGCCUAUUGGUCCAAGCCGUUGGAAUUUAUCCCCGAACGAUUUUCAUUGAAAAAUUCGUCGAACCGCCAUCGUUACACAUAUAUUCCAUUUGGCACGGGACUCAGAGACUGCAUAGGUCAAAAAUACGCAUUUCUAUCUGUUGCGACUAUAAUAGUAAAUUUGGUGCGACGGUUUCGAUUUUCAACAACUAUCAGAAACGUAGCUGACGUUAAACUAACAAGCGAUAUUAUAUUACGGAGCCAAGGUGUUAAAUGGUCUAUAACUCACGUAUGAGAUAUAGACCAUUUAACACCUUGGGAACGAUAUGCAAUAACUAAUUGGUAAAUGUUAAUUACAACAUAAUUAUUCUUUUAUAGUUUAUUAAUAUUCUGUCAAUUCUACUGUCUGUGAAAUAUUGAUUGCGUUUAUGCAUAUCUGUGGUAGUCUGAUACACACUGAUACAGUUUAAAUUAUUUAUAAAAACGAUAAUACUUUUCAAAUCCAAAUACCAUAUGUAAGAUAUCAAUAACGAUAAAUUAUAAACAAAAAUGUAACACAGUAACAAUUUCCCAAUGAAGUAUGUCUGUGGUAUUACGCUCGAUUUCAAUCAACCUAAAUCAAUAGGAUAAAUCUUAUAAAUUUGCAUACUAAGUACUUGACUUAUUAACUGGAUGAGAGAACGUUAAAUAUAUUAUUUGCUUUGAUUAUUUGAGAUUUGCAUUUAACAAAUAAUGCGACAAAUAGUAUGUAUUUCAGGGCUUGGUAUUAUAAUUCGUAACUACGUCGCCAUCGCAAAUAUUAUAAAUUGGAUGUGUAAUUAAUUCAUUGAUCGAGUAGAAAGGGAGAAAUAGAAAGAGAAAUUGACAAAGUUUUGUAAUUUCUAUAAUAGAAAAAAAAGAUAAUUAAUAUUUGAAUAUAGUUACAUGAAAUAUUUUACAAUUCACGAAAUUUAUAUAUGUAAGUUACGUUUAAGAUUAAGCUCAUAAGUUGUGUCUCAAAGAAAUCCAUGUAAUCGAUUAAUUAAAUUGUUCGUAUCUAUUUGUCCGAUCGAAGAUGGCAGCACUUUUUGGAAUAGUUUAAAAAAUAUUUGUUAUGUGCUAGGUUUCAAAUGUAAUUAUGAAAAAAUAAUUAACUUGUUUUAGUUA